UACAGGGGUAUUAACUCUUGUUGCUUAAACCUACAUCCACAUACAUGCAUUUCUUUCCUAGACCAAAAAGUUAUGAAGCUUUUUCAUUCAACAAGCCAUGAGAUGUUAACUUUCUUCACCCUCUCAUCUUCUCUAAUGGAUGCAGGUACUGGUUUUCUUCUUAAACCCAUGUUCUUGCAUGGGUUCUCUGCUUCAUUGCAUUUAGUUUUAUUACUUGGGUUAAUUGUUUGUUGGGUCCGCAAGAAACUGAAAGUGAGCGUUGCUCAUGAGAGUACUGAAGAUUCAAAGGAGAGGUGGAAGAGCAGAAGUGUUUUGUGGUAUAAGAAGACUUUGGUUUGUUGUUUAAGUGUUUCAGUGUUUAAUCUUGUGUUGUGUUUGUUGAGUUACUUCUACUGGUAUAGAAAUGAUUGGUCUGAUGAUAAUCUGGUGACCCUUUCUGAUUUGGUACUUAGAACGCUUGGUUGGGGUGCAAUUUCUGUAUAUUUGCGUACACAGUUCUUCAAUUCAGGGAAAAAAAAGUUCCCUUUCCUAUUGAGGACCUGGUGGGGUUUUUACAUGUCUAUUUCUUGUUAUUGCCUUGUCAUUCACAUUGUUCUUUACAACAAAAAAGUUUCUGUGCCAAUUCAAUAUGUAGUGUCUGAUGUUUUCUCUGUUAUCACUGGACUGUUUUUCUGCUAUCUGGGGUUUUUGAGGAAGCAUGAGGGUGAAGAUACCAUUCUCCUUCAAGAACCCCUUUUGGAUGGUAAUAGUGCCAGUGAUGAUGCUGUAUCAUCAAUUAAGACCAAAGGUGCUGAUAAAGUGACCCCUUACUCAAAUGCUAGUCUAAUUAGUAGUCUUACUUUCUCUUGGAUAAGUUCUCUAAUUGCUGAUGGCAAUAAGAAAACUUUAGACCUUGAUGAUGUCCCUCAAUUAGAUAGUAGAGAUAGUGUACUUGGGGCCUUUCCGAUUUUCAGAAAUAAGCUUCAGGCAGAGUGUGGUACGGGAAGUAAAGUGACCACUCUAGCGCUUGUGAAGGCACUGUUCUUCUAUUCUUGGAAGGACAUCCUUGUCACCGCAUUUUUAGCGCUUCUAUACACUUCAGCCACUUAUGUUGGUCCGUUCCUUAUUGAUACUUUUGUUCAAUACCUCAAUGGGAAGCAGAAUUUUGAGCAUGAGGGGUAUGUUUUGGUUUCUACUUUCUUCGUUGCAAAGCUUGUGGAGUGCCUCUCUCGGAGGCGCUGGAUCUUUCGGUUGCAGCAGGUUGGAGUUAGGGUCCGAGCAGUAAUUAUUGCAAUGGUAUACAAUAAGGGUUUGACACUUUCCUGUCAAGCGAUGCAGGGACACACCAGUGGGGAAAUCAUUAAUUUCAUGACUGUUGAUGCUGAGAGACUUGGUGACUUCAUGUGGUACAUACAUGAUCCUUGGCUGGUCAUCGUCCAAGUUGGUUUGGCCUUUCUGAUCUUGUAUAAAAACCUUGGGCUAGCAUCGGUUGCUACAGUCUUUGGAACCAUAAUUGUUAUGCUGGCAAAUUUUCCGUUUUGGAGAAUGCAAGAGAAGUUUCAAGACAAGCUGAUGGAAUCAAAAGAUAAAAGAAUGAAAGCAACUUCUGAAAUUUUGAGGAACAUGAGAAUUCUCAAGCUUCAGGGAUGGGAAAUGAAAUUUUUGUCUAAGAUUAUAGAGCUCAGGAAGACUGAGGCUGGAUGGUUAAAGAAACAGCUUUUCUGUGUGGCAAUGGCCAAUUUCAUCUUCUGGAAUGCGUCCAGUUUUCUGUCUGUAGUAACCUUCGGUGCUUGUAUGAUAUUAGGCAUCCCACUUUCAUCAGGGAAGAUUUUAUCUGCAAUUGCAACUUUCAGGAUUCUUCAAGUGCCAAUGUAUGCUCUACCUGACACAAUUUCAAUGAUAAUUCAGACUAAAGUUUCCCUUGAUAGAAUUGCAGCAUUCCUUUGUCUGGAUGACUUGCAGUCUGAUGUUGUUGAGAGGCUGCCAAGAGGUAGUUCUGACACAGCAUUGGAGAUCAUUGAUGGGAACUUUUCUUGGGAUCUUACGUCUCCUAAUAAAACACUGAAAGAUAUAAACUUGAAGGUGCUCCAUGGCAUGAAGGUAGCAGUUUGUGGGAUAGUUGGAUCAGGCAAAUCAAGCUUACUUUCUUGUAUUUUAGGAGAAAUACCGAAAAGUUCCGGCAUCCUGAAACUGUGUGGUACAAAGGCCUAUGUUGCUCAAUCACCUUGGAUACAAAGUGGCACGAUUCAAGAAAACAUUUUGUUUGGCAAGGAGAUGGACAGAGUAAGGUAUGAUGUUGUUCUUGAGGCCUGUUCAUUGAAAAAGGACCUGGAAAUCUUCGCUUUUGGUGAUCAGACGGUUAUUGGAGAGAGGGGGAUCAAUUUGAGUGGAGGACAGAAGCAAAGAAUACAAAUUGCUCGUGCCAUCUACCAAGAUGCUGAUGUCUAUAUGUUUGAUGAUCCUUUCAGUGCUGUGGAUGCUCAUACAGGAUCUCACCUCUUUAAGGAAGUUUUGCUGGGACUUCUGCGUUCAAAAACAGUGAUAUAUGUAACUCAUCAAGUGGAGUUCUUACCAACAGCUGAUCUCAUCCUGGUCAUGAAAGAUGGAAAGAUUUCACAGGCUGGAAAAUAUGGGGACAUUCUAAAUUCAGGAACUGACUUUAUGGAGCUUGUGGGUGCUCAUAAGCAAGCUUUAUCAGCAAUAGAUGCAAUGGAGGGAGAACUAGUUUCCAAAAAAAAUUCUGAAAGUGUUGAUCAGAGUAGCAGCACUAGCAGGGUUGGCAAUGAAGAAGAAAACAAAAAUGACCAGAAUGAUAAAUCAGAUGAAGUUAUUGAGUCUAGAGGGCAGCUUGUUCAGGAAGAAGAAAGAGAGAAAGGAAAAGUUGGAUUUUCAGUUUACUGGAAAUAUAUCACAAUUGUAUAUGGAGGAGCUCUUGUGCCCUUUGUAUUGCUUGCACAGGUUCUCUUUCAGACCUUUCAACUUGGCAGCAAUUAUUGGAUUGCCUGGGCAACUCCAGUGUCAGAGGAAAUGAAACCUCCUGUUGGGAGUUCUAAGCUAAUAAUUGUGUAUGCAAUUUUGGCCAUUGGAAGUUCCUUUUGCUUGCUUGCUAGAAACACACUUGUUGUAACCAAUGGAUACAUAGCAGCGCGUUGGCUGUUUAGCAAAAUGCAUAUGUGCAUUUUCCGUGCCCCCAUGUCCUUCUUCGAUGCAACGCCAAGUGGACGAAUUCUAAACAGAGCUUCUACUGACCAAAGUGCUGUGGAUUUGAAUGUUCCUAUGCAAAUUGGGGGUUUUGCCUUCGGUAUUAUCCAACUUCUAGCAAUCAUUAUUGUGAUGUCUCAGGUGGCUUGGCAGGCUUUUAUAGUUUUUAUACCAGUGAUUUCUACCUGCAUAUGGUAUCAGCAAUAUUACAUUUCCUCAGCCAGAGAACUUUCACGGUUGGUUGGAGUAUGCAAAGCUCCAGUGAUACAACAUUUUGCAGAAACAAUUUCAGGGACAACAACUAUCAGGAGCUUUGAUCAAGAAUCAAGGUUUCAAAACACAAAUAUGAAACUGAUGGAUGGAUAUUCUCGACCCAAAUUUCAUGUCGCUGGAGCAAUGGAAUGGCUAUCUUUCCGCCUUGAUGUGCUGUCUUCUGUAGCAUUUGCCUUAUCUUUGGUCCUCCUUAUUUCUGUUCCAGAUGGUGUUCUUAAUGCAGCAAUUGCUGGCCUAGCUGUGACAUAUGGACUCAAUCUUAACACUUUACAAGCUUCUGUAAUAUGGAAUCUUUGCCAACUGGAGAACAAGAUUAUAUCAGUUGAAAGAAUGCUUCAGUACACUCGUAUUCCUAGUGAGCCACCUCUCGUUAUAGAAGAAAGUCGACCUGACCCUUCUUGGCCAUCCUAUGGAGAAGUUAGCAUGCAUUAUCUACAGGUUCGCUAUGCUCCACACUUGCCCCUUGUAUUGCGAGGUUUAACAUGCACAUUUUUGGGAGGGAUGAAAACUGGCAUAGUAGGGAGAACAGGCAGUGGUAAAUCAACUCUCAUUCAAACAUUGUUUCGGAUUGUUGAGCCUGCAGCUGGUCAGAUUAUGAUAGAUGCCAUCAAUAUCUCAUCCAUUGGACUGCAUGAUUUGCGGUCAAGACUAAGUAUUAUUCCUCAGGAGCCAACCAUGUUCGAGGGGACUGUUCGAAGCAAUUUGGACCCUCUUGAAGAAUACACAGAUGAGGAAAUUUGGGAGGCGCUGGAAAAGUGCCAGCUUGCAGAAGAAGUUAGAAAGAAAGAAACGAAACUAGAUUCCAAAGUUAUUGAGAACGGAGAGAAUUGGAGUAUGGGUCAGAGGCAGUUGGUGUGUCUCGGGCGUGUGCUACUCAAGAAAAGCAAGGUCUUGGUGCUGGAUGAAGCUACUGCGUCUGUUGACACCGCUACUGAUAAUCUGAUUCAGCAAACUCUCCGGCAGCACUUUUCAGACUGCACAGUCAUAACAAUCGCACAUCGCAUAACUUCUGUUCUUGACAGUGAUAUGGUUCUGCUUCUAAGUCAAGGACUCAUUGAGGAAUAUGAUUCUCCUGCAAAGUUGCUGGAGAACAAGUCGUCGUCAUUUGCACAACUUGUUGCAGAGUACAGUCUGAGGUCAAAUUCCAGCUCUUACGAAAAGUUGGCUGGAAACUGAUUGCCAGGGAACUGGUGUAUGUUGGUAAUGUUCUACAGAAAAUAUGGUUCUGUAUUUUGGCUCUUUGUUGUUUCAAAUCGUGUUCCCUGGAAACACUUAUUUUGAUUCUGUGAUAGUACUUCAAACUUCAAUAAUUUUUCAUUUGAGCCAA